UUCUUUGAAACUGUCAUUCGUGUGCAUCUUCUGAACGCGAAAAAAACACGCGAGUGUCUCUUCAAAUUUGGGGAGCGGCUUUUUCCAUCAAUUUCCCGUGAAAAUACUCUGUAUUUUCCGGCAGUUUACCUUCCCGCUGGUUCAACGACCUACACCGAUGGAGGAACCGGCAAAGGACCAACCGGCCGAGGCGUCGCCCGAGCAGAAGAAUGGGAAAUCUUCCGACUCGGAUGAGGACACCAUCCACAUCUACGCGACGUUGGCCUUCAUCGUGGUCAUCAUCGUGAUCGGCGUGCCGAUGUGGUGGAAGACGACCGAGGUGUACCGGGUGUCGCUGCCGUACGCCGAGAUCGAAUCCCUCGACGACACCCCCAUCAAGGCCACCAUCCGGAUGGGGCUGUUUGUGGGGUCGUCCCGCGAGCGGCGCGACAUUUUGGCCUUUGAGCUGCGCAAGAAGUUUGAGAAUAAUUUUGUGUUCAACCUUGAGCUGGAGGACUUUACCCUGGAACCGGAGGUUGUGAAGGCCGCCAAGACUCCGGCAGCACUCGAAGCGGCAAUUUUGAAGCGAUACCCACUUGGGUUGGGUGAAUUCGUUCUGAUCGAGUGGCCCAAACUGGGCGAGGACGUUCUGGUGACCUCCGAGCGAUCGGCGUUCAUAUCCGAGAGUGCAACUUCCUUGAAAAUCUACCAAGUCCUCUCGUCGUGGAUCCUCCAAGAGUACAAACUGAAGGCGAUCCUCGGCUCGAAGGACAUGCAAACCACCAAAGGUCGCCAGCUGCGUCUCAACACGGCCCCGAUGCAACCGCACUACGAAGUCCUGAUCUCCGUCAUCAACCGCCCGGACGUCCAACGAGUCCACUGGAACGCCCGCGCCGCCGCAGAAAACUACAUCGUCCCCUUCCUCACCGAACUCUCCACGAUCGCCAACUUCACCGUCAAGACCCAGUGGGCGUACCAGGUCGAGAUCCAAAACUCCCCCCUCAAACAGGUCCAGGACGACACCAAACUCCGCCGCCACUACGCCAUCGUGGAGGACGUCCUGCCGCACGUGAUCACCUCCUUCGAGAAGAAGCUCGGCAACCAAAUCUCCAACGAUCCCGGAAUCCACCUGGUCGUGUACGUCCCGCCCUGUGAGCUGGCUCCACUUCGAAUCUACCGCAAGGACGGGACGCGCGCUUCCGCCGAUAACGUGGAGGCGUUCACCUCGGCCAAGUGGGGUGGAAUCGUGCUGGCCAACCCGAAGGACGAAACCAUUCUGAACUGGUUGAACAGCUCGGAGCACUCGGAGGUGUACGUGAGCUCGCAGGACGUGAUGCCGGCGAUGUUGUACCAGCUGAGGAAGAUCUUCGAUCUGGAGAAUAAUAUCCCCCUGCUGGACGCCAGCCUGUCCCCGCUCAACUCGAUCGAACCCCGCGCCUGGGAGGUGGACAACUUUAUCCGCGCCAACACGAUCUACCGGAUCCACUCGGCCACGCUGACGCUGCAGUCGCUGAUCCAGCUGCUGGGCGACAUCGAGUACAUCGUGAUCAACGACCAGGUAGGUGCGGCCAUCAAGGACGCUUAUGGGAGGAUUACGGCUGCGAAGCGGUUGCUCGAGGAGAAUCGCCUCGGGGAGGCCGCCGCCGAGGCGCGGGAGGCUUACGUUUCGGCGGAGAGGGCGUUCUUUGAUCCGAGCAUGUUGGCGCUGUUGUACUUUCCGAGCGAGCAAAAGUACGCCAUUUACAUUCCGUUGUUUUUGCCGAUCAUGAUUCCGGUGGUGUUUUCGUUCAAUACGAUUUCGAAGUACUUGCGGAAGCGAUUUGGAAAGGGCGGAAAGGACAAGACUGAGUAAUUUUGGCUCUGCAACAGUAUUGAAAUCGCAUUUCUGGAGCAACAUUUGAAAAGGGCGCGUAAGCAUUUUGACAGCUUGAACUAUUUUGCAAAUUCCGAAACAACAGGUAACUAUUUAACAAAACUCGCUACGUUAGAUGGUAGCUGAGAAGGCCUGCUAUUGUUUAACACAUCGAGUUUGGUGAAAAAGUUACCUGUUGGCUCGGAAUUUGCAAAAUAGUUCUAGAUGUCAAAAUGCUUAUCCGCCCUUUUCUCGUGUUGCUCCAGAUUUGACGAGAGUGUCGGAGCUGUCAUCAUUAGCCUACUAUGAUCAUACCAAAAUCCCUUAAGCUUUGAACUCCCUAAUUUGAACAAGUUUUAUUUACAGAACAGAA